AUGCCUUUCGCGGUUCCUAAUAUCCUUGAAGCAUCCCCUACUGCUACCUGGGGAGACAGUAUUGUAGCCGUGCCUAGGUAUCUCUACUGGGACCCAUCUCGUCGGCCAUACCCUGUCCAAUUGUGGUACUUCGGACGUUUUCUACCAGAUUUUUCUGCACAAGAAAGUCCCCUCAUGGCUAUAUCAGGUGUUGAUGAACGGGACGACCACCUGGGAGCGUUGGGACAGCAUGCUACCGAACGCUGGAUGCACUCGGUCAUUGGAGGACUCAAUCCUUCUGAAUCGGGACACAAAAAGCUCAACAUUGAAGUAGUCCCUGGUGGUGGACUCCGGGACGCGCAUACUAAAAUACAGACCCCCUACGGCUUGGCCUCUACCCAAUGGUGGUUAGCGACCAGUCUGGGCAAAGAUUGCAAAGGAACGGACUUCCAUAUACUAGCAGAAGUUCCCGAAUACUUACGCCACCAUCGUACUUCCUGGGACUAA